AUAAUCCAGAUUUCUACGAGGAUUACAUGAGCGAUGAGAGUAACGCUUAUCUCAAUGGCGAAGUACGGCGGCUGCUGAACGAGCACGUGGAAAACAGCCAAUUCGUACAGUCCCUCGAGUCUCAGUUCUACCAAAUCACGUACCCGGUGCAGCUGCAGCGACACGGGAAGUCACAGGGCAUCUCCACCCGCGACGCCAGCAAGAUCACGGAGGAGCAGGCGCAGGUGCAAAACGAUAGAAAGAGCAACCACGUGCACAGGACGUCUUACAGAAUAAAGGCCUUCAGUCACGUGUUCACCGUCGACCUUGAGCUCAACCAACAACUGGUCUCCCCGAACCUGGUGGCGCAUCACCGUACGCGAGACGGGAGCAGCAACGUCGACCAGCAUAUCGAGCACUGCUACUACCACGGCACCGUCAAGGACUACUCCGGUGCCAUCGCGGCCUUCAGAACAUGCAACGGACUGGCCGGCAUCAUUCAGCUGGGCAACGAGACCCUGAUCGUCUCCCCCAUGGCUGGAGGCGAGAAGCUGCCCAAGCACCCUCACUUCGUCAUCGAAUCGAAGAACUCCCACAUCCGGCAGAAGUGCGGCUACCAUUCCGGCUACGAGUGGGGCAUGUGGGAGAGGAACUACAACCGGCAGAACCACGGCCGGAAGAAGAAGCAGGUUCGGCACCGCUACGCCCGCGACGUCCGCUCCACGCCCAAGUACAUCGAGACGGCGCUCUUCCUCGAUAAGAAAUUCAUGGAAGACCGGAAUUAUUCUCGCGUGAGAGCCCUCAACGAUGCCCUUCAGAUUGCAAACAUCGCCGACCUGUAUUUCAAGACAAUCAACACCAGGAUCACCAUCACCUACCUGGAGACGUGGUCGGGCCGGAACCUGGUGGAGCUCGGCAGGAACCAGCCGAUCUCGACGUCGCUCAUCAAUUUCUACGGCUACGUGGGCGAAAGCCUCGUGGACUUCCACAAGGAUACCUCGCACUUGAUCACCGGUGAGCCGUUCCAGGGCGGGGAGUCGGGCAUGGGCGUUCCCAACAGCAUCUGCACUUCGAAAGCCGCCGGAAUCUCCGUGGACCUGAACGUGUACGAACCCCAUCUCGUGGCUUCGACCAUGACUCACAUGAUCGGACACAACCUCUACAUGAAGCACGAUGACGGCACAGGAACUAACUGCUACUGCCAAGACUGGCACGGUUGCAUCAUGUCCAAGGCAGUAGUAGGACAAGACAACGUACAGCCGUCUAAGUUUUCAAAGUGCUCAGUCGAUGACUACCACCAUUCGCUCCAGUCCGUUGAAGAGACGAACUGCCUUCUCCACACGCCAAGCAAGUUCAAAGUCAAUCGACCACCCUUGAUUCCUGGGAAUGUUCCCGGCCAGAUUCCUUUCCCGAUUGAACAGACCCGCGGCCAGGGCCACACCAUUUCCGUCUGUGGCAACGGCAGGGUCGACGAAGGGGAGCAGUGCGACUGUGGCCCAAGGGACGAGUGCGACAGAAAUGACCCUUGCUGUGACCCCGUGACCUGCAGACUCAAGCUGGAGGCUGAGUGUGCAACAGGUCCCUGCUGUGACAAUUGCCGGCUGCGUCCCAAGGGCUACCUGUGUCGCAAGGCCCAGACCGAGUGCGACAUCCCCGAAUUCUGCAACGGCCUCCACGGAACAUGCCCGAUGGAUAUCUACAAGAAGACAGGGAACAAAUGUGGGAACGGCAAGGGCUACUGCUUCAAGGGAAUCUGCCCGACGCUCGACAACCAGUGCGAACUCAUCUGGGGUUAUGGUGGACAAGCAUCCGACGAGACCUGCUACAGACAGUUCAAUGUGGAUGGCGUGAUUUAUGGCAACUGCGGUCGACACAGGAAUGGCAGCUAUAUUAAAUGCGAACUAGGGAACAUCAUGUGCGGGACCUUGCAGUGUCAGCUUGGAAUGCAGCAUCCUGUGACCCCAAAUAUGGACCAGAGUUACUCGCGUACAAUUGUCGCUAUGGGAGGACAGGAAUACGAGUGCAAAACGGUGCGUUACGAAGUCCUUGACGACCGGCGGCGCGACGCGGACUGGACCCUCGUGCAGGACGGGACGGCGUGCGGAGAGAAGCUGAUUUGCAUGAACCAGACGUGCGAGUCCAUUUACCCUUACAUCGAGCCGGGCCAGUGCAAGACCAACAACAAUGCCCUCGAGUGCUCUGGGCAUGGAGUGUGCUCCAAUAUGAAUUCCUGUUACUGCAACCGGGGAUGGACAGGGACAGACUGCUCCAUUUUCGACAACAGCUCUGUCUACACCACCCCCUACCCACCCGAACCCGGCAGUCCUUACCCACACCCCAUGGGCAAGACCACCGCGGCAGCCCCUACAAGCACCUGGAACAUUGUGCAAGGAAGAAACAUUCAAUAUGUUGGGCAGCAGGGAAGUGACACCGUGUUCCUCGUGGUGGGAUUGGUGUCGGGAAUGGGCGGGGUGUUCUUUGCGUUUGCGUUCAUGGCUUUGUGCUACAGGCGCAAGAGUACUAUGCCCAAAUAUGAUGCCCCGUACCUGAAGAGGCCCAUUGUCAAAAAGCCUCCGCAGCAGCACCUGCAGCCCAUGAUGAGCAAGACAGAAGAGACAUCCCUGGAUAUGGGUAGUCGCAUUACUUUUGCCAACAUGCCGAGCUAUAGGUCACUUGACUCCUGCCGAGAACACAAGCUUCAGACGAUGCGACGUUCUGGGCCUCCUGCCGGGGGGUCACAGUCAGAAGAGGAGGCACUACAAUCAGGGGAGGACGAGGCGGUGUCGUUCAUUGAGCUGCCACCUAACAACCUGAGCAAGAUACCCGAGAAGGGAAUCCUGAAGAAGUCAUAUGGCCUCCUCACGCCAGCAGAGAAGGAGAAAUGGGGUGAGGAGUCCCAGAGCGACAACAACGAUGUUUUAAGUCAGAGUGAUAACAAUGCUGACCCUGAUAGCCAAGUCUCUGAGGUGGAACGCACACUGAAGAGUCUGAACGGCUACCAUGAGGACAUCAUUGAUGCUCUCAAACGAGCUGCAUCCCAUCGGUCUGGAGCCACUUCCAUGUCCUCUGAUGAGCUGCACACAGCCCAUCACGACACCUACCCUCGCUUCUCACACGGAGCCGCAGCUGUUGGUGGCCCAGCGGAAUUCACUAGACUGAAAGCUUCACAUGAAAAGCUUGCCGACUCAGGAGGAGAGGACGACCAGGUUCCACCUUGUGGUCCAAUCCGCAUUCGUAACUUGGAGGACUUGAUACGACAGCUAGAGCACCAUCCGUCACGUCACAUGUCGCCGUCAGGGUCAGAGGAGAUCAGAAUGAGCGAGACGGAGGCCGAUCGUCACUACCGCCUUGACUCGUCAUCCUGCACAGAGUCUCAAGGGUAUGUGAGGCCGUGGCGCAGAGGGCCAGAGUUGGGGCACGGGGACUUCGGUGGUCCUCUGGCGGGGCCCUCAGGUUCCCCUGGGACCCCCGGAGACAAAUUGGCAGAGCUGCUGCAGUUGGCUUCCCCCGAAGACCACGAGAGGAUCCUUCGCGCUGCGGCCAUGCUGUCCCCAGAGAGUCCCACAAGGGGUAGAACCGACAAUGGCGGAGUGGGUUUCGUAUAUGGCCGCUACAGACAGCCUCCGAGUAGCGGCAGUGGGACGGGUUCCGCUAGUGGGCGUGGCUCAGAUCGACUAGCUGGUGGCGGACACGAAUUCUCUGAUGGGGCAGACAGUCAUGCGUUUACAGAGGAGGAUGACCUGGAGAGACCUGAUGCAGGGGAGACAGCAGACUCAGAAAGUGAUGAGUAUUCAGCGCGACCACCUAGUGCCCUCCUGCGCUCUGCAAGUGAAGAAGCACUGCCAGUCACACGUUACGAGGCCGCAAGGUUUGAGGCAGCUUCGCCCCGGGACCCACGCCUCUAUUCGCCGCCCUCCGACGCCGCCUCCUACCAAGAAGACCAGGACUACCCACCCAGAGACCAGCAGAAUGAUGAACAGCAAGAGACUGUUGACCCAAAUCGUGCUCUUCUGCCUCAAGGGAGGUAUCCCGAGUACAAGCACUGACACUGGCCCCUCUAGGAAUCUAGGAGGGCCACCAUCCCUUGCUCUAGCUACCUGGGACAGUGCUAUUUUUGAACUGUCUAUGUACCUUCCAGAAAGUAAAUAUAUCAAAUUGCAGGGAUGUAGAAUCUUGCACUUGAUAUUUUUACCAAAGUGAAGCCACUUGUUGUCUGCAAACAUUAAGAUCAUAAGCAGCAAUGUGCUGACUUGGGUAUAUUCUCUGCCAGUGUACUAGCAAACUCAGCUCAUAUGGGUUCAGUUCGCUCUGGGAUACAAAAUGUAACGGUAGUAAAUUCAGGUUACCAUCCAUGGUCGUGACAUUUGGGAUACCAUAAUAGUGAUAAUUGCUCCUCUGUGCUAGUAAGAAAUGAACUGCCAUUCUAGUGAAUCAUAGACAGCUCUGCUAGCGAGAUACGGAGCCCUAAGGAGUGGUGCUCUAGGCCAAGGGUCAGUGUGCUCUCUACCCUAAGAAGUGUUCAUCAACCAGUUCUUAUCAAGUCUCCUAGUGCCCUAACUCUCGCCUCAUAAGGGUUACGCCACUAUCAACAAUCAUAUAAUUUUACAUUGUACAGUAUUAAUUUUUAGAAUAAUGUCAUCUACGGAAAAGGUUUAAUAGGGCCCAUGUUAUGAACAUUCUCACUGUGUGUCUCAAAUAUGCUUCUGGUGAGACUGAAAAAAAUAGGAUUUUAGUUUGCUAAUGCAGACUUAGCCGUCCAGCGCACGAGUGAUACUCUACUUCUUCACCAUCAAGAUGUCAGUUCCGUUGCUCAAACCGAGUGAAGAAUCUCAACAACUUUGAGAUGUCAAUUCGGAUAUGACCCCAAUGUUUCUGUUUAUGUGUGUAUUGUAAAUGUAGUUGAUGAGCCAAUGACAGAAUUCAGCUUAAUCAGUCAGUCUAGGAGGUUAAACUUUGCAUCUUAUCUAUGAGUUCAAUUUCAUGUUGAAAAGACUGAAGGGUUAACCAACUCCCUGCUGUCAGUAUCUUGUCAACGUCCUCCCAGAACCAUCACUGGAAUUAAGUGUUUAUACGUACAGUUGUGUAUCUAACACACUGCCCAUUUAAAUCUUUUUCAAAAUGUAGGUGGCCAAAAGGAACAUCACCCGGUACCUUGUACAUAAUUUUCUAGACAGGGUGUCAAAAAAGCUUGCCCUUUGCUGCACUGCUAAGAUUCAAUGCCAGCAACGGGAAUGAGGCUCGUCGCCAGGCUGCACUUGACUGCCCAGGUGCAGCCGGCAAACGAUCCCUCUGCUGUAGUGUUUGGUUGGCUGUCAGACGGUUCUCCAGAAUGGGAUCUAAUUGAGCUAAACUCCUCUCACUUUGGUAAAUGGCUUCCAAUCAUGUGAAAGGCUUAUGCAUGAUGCAGGUCGGAUCUCAGAGACAGUUUACCUGACACUACUUGCAAGUUCUUUACUCACCUUCAGCUAUUUUGAAGGACUUAGUCAUAAUAUUCAACAUUUUGGUGGUAAAUCAACCCAUGUUGGUCUUUGUUGAAGCUCUGUAGAAAUAUGAUAUAAAAAAGUUUAUGGACUGUCAUAUUUUACACUAUGAAAGUGUCAAACUCAGCUCACAUAACAGUUUCUGGAAUUCCAGACUUACAAAUAACUAUUACUUACCAGACACAGAAACGAGGUAGCAGGAAGAAUAUAAAAUCAAAUUAAUGUCAUAUGCAUGUAGUGAAUUUGCUUUAGCAAAUCUUUUCAUAUUGAAAAACAUAACAGUAUUUGGACAUUUAUAUCCAGCAAUGGGUAUAUCCAUUACUUAAAGAGUUAUUAUAUUGCUUAACCUAUCUGUUCUGUCACAAACUCUUUAAAAAUAUGCAUCUGAAAUUCACAUAUGUCAAUCUGAAAAGGAAAUGGCAAAGACUUGCAGAAUCUGGAAAAAGUAAUCUAUACUUUCUGUGAUCAAAGUUAGCCAAUUCAUCAAAAGUUAUAUUUAAGUAAAAGGAAGAGACAACUUCUCUGCAAAAUACUUUUCAAACUGACUGUGAAGAAGAAAACUUCUAAUAAACAUGACCAUUCCCCUCAUGUAUUAAGUUCUAAUGGAAAAACAAACAACAAAAACUAAAGGAAAUUUUUCAAAGAUCAACAAGACCAAAAUUGGCCAACAGAAAAUGGAGAAAUGGUCAAAACGAGACAACUUGUUUAUUUAGGUCAUCCUCUGUCCUGCCAUUAAUCAAAUCGCCCUUUAUAAGUCAUUACAGAUAGUUUCCCCAAAGACGCUUCAGUUUGGCUGCAAGACUUUAUUGCUCAAUUGAGGGCGAUGACGAUAAUGGAAUAGUGAUAUCAGAAGAAGUAACUACUAGUGGUUAACUGUACUGUAUAAGAGAAAUGUCCUACCUUGAGAUGUGUGAAAUUUAUAUCAUCGUUGAUUUAUAAUACCAAAGGGACUCUACAUAGUUUUGAAUAACAUCACAUCACUUGACACACUGAAGAGAGCUUGUUUCAUUCUGCGACUCAUCAUUAACCUCAAACCUCACUAAUUCAUUGCUGUGGUCUCAGUAAUAAAGUAAAGAGAGAGAGAGAGCAUUAGGAACAUGUAUUAUGUAGCACUGCUAUUUGUAAAUAUUUUUUAGCAGGGUCUCUAUAAAGAAUAUAAAAAAUAAAAAAAUAUACAAUAGACUAAUUUUUAUGGAUAAUAGCAUAAAAGGUUUUUACUUUUUUUUCAAAUAGUAAAUGAAUUGACGAGGUUUGAUUGAAUAACUAGCACCAGGACCUUUCAGGAACGCUGUAUGAAAUUAAGCCAUGGAAACAAAGACAAAGAGUUGUAUUCCCAAGCAUAAUGUAUACAGUGUUAGAGAAAAGAGCUGCUGGUUGCUGAGCUGGACUUGCAGUAUUGCAACUUUUAACUUUGUUGAACAGUUCAGUAAAGUGAAGCUUCAAAAGUUGAUCGCAAUUCAUGUUUCUUUUCCAUAUGGCUUGUAUCAGUCUGUAUAGAACUCGGUAAUACUCUGAAGCGUUUCUAAAAACAAUUUACCUUUCCUACAACGCAUAAGUAUUUUCAGAGUAGUAUCCGCUAAGAAAAUGAAUUGGAGUCACCUUCAUGCUGGCCUGUUUCAGCAAGCAACUUGGAGCUCUCGGAUGAAUCCCCAUUACGGCACACCUUGCCCCAUAGACCCUGAGAGGUCCAGGUCGCCCUUCAUUUAUACAAGAUAUACAGACAUGUUCAGGAAAAAUAUAAAGUCCAGUUCAAACCUUCAUUGACAGACUACAUUUAUAGGUGAAUGGUUUCUGUUCUGAUGCUCAUUUACUAAUGAUUUCUUCCCUUCACGUAAGAUGAUGAAGCAACGCAUGCCAAAAAUCAGAAUAUAUAACUUCCCUAGUAUCAUUGCACAGUGAGUCCAAUUUAAACGAAAAUUAAAUGAUUGCUAAUACUUUCACUUUAUAUUUCUGAGAACAGGUGGGUUAAAUUGUUGAAUUUUCCUUGGUGAAUAGUGACAGGUCUGUGGCCCUAUCCAAUCAGUCAAUAAAUUUUGUCUGUUUCCUAUAUUUCUUUUUUCAGUGUUGCUGGUACUUAUUAUUAACUUAUAUGUACAAGAGACAUGCCAAAUGUAUAAGUACUGAGGAUGGUUCAAGAAUCCAACCCACAAAACUUUAAAGCUAGCAGAUUAAGGUAAUAUUAUUUUAUGAAGCAACUUUAUUUUGUAGUAUUUCUGGUCAUAAUGCAUCAAAGUUGGUAUAACAGUAUAAGUCAUUAACAGGAUAUUUACACAUUGGUUUUGUGUGUGGUUUUUGUACUCUGUGUUUCGUGAAACUUACAAUACUCACAAGUAACAAUCGUUUUCUUAUAUUAAAUCUAAUGUCUUUCAUGUUUUGUAUUAAAGAUGACGCUUGAUGUGCUCUUUGUUCUUAUAUCCAAUAAUAUAAAUCAACAUCUGGAUAUAAAAAUUAUGAAUUUCAUCAUUCCAAACUUUAAAGCAGGUGAUGUUUAGGAUAAAAAACAUAGGUAUUGUUUCCCCAGAAGUUAUCAGUGAGUUGCACAGGUGAACUGAAAGCUCAAAGUUGUAGUUUUGUUCAGAAAUGUUUCACUGAUGUAGGUACUAUUUACAUAAUGAUAAUACUGUUGUUUUGUACUCUCAGCAACACAGUGAGGGUGUGGGUGUGCAAAGGGGCAGCAGCAUACAGGGGACUGGGAGAGAUAGUAUAGGCUGAGGCACAGCUUGCUGCCAAAAAGCCACUGGUUUAAUAUUAGUUAAAAGCUUGUAUAUAGAUGCUUUGAAAUUCACAGCAUGAGAUUGUAACACAUACAGCCAAAUUCUCAAGAUUAUCCAUAUUAAGCAUCCACAUGUGAAGGUUAUCUGAAAAUAUCCAUAGGUGAAUUUUACUACAAGUCUUUGCACUUUUUGUUGGCUUAGAAGUAUAGCUACAAAGAUUCAAUAGGGCUGAGAAAACCAACUUGAUGCUUGUUUACUAUUCCAUUACAAUAGCAAGUGUUAAGUUUACAGAUGAAAGCAAGUGAAUCUGGUAUUAAUUAUUUAGCUUUAUUGCAUCUCUUCUAUUUCUCUGUUUAUUGGGGAAAGAUAACUUGUACAGUUAUUUCUCUGUAGUAUUCGUAAUAUCUAUUGUCCAACUUCAAGGAAAAAGGAACUUCAAAGCAUGAAAUACUUUAAAAAGGGGAAAAAAUUAUACCUGUGUAUACACACAAAUGACAUUCUUUAUCUUUACAAAAGAAUAUAUACAGAUCUUAAAGUUUUACUCACGCAGUUCAUGAAAGAAUUGCAUUUACACCAUAAGGACUAUAAGGUAUAUUACUCUUUACAGUGUCAGACAAAUUACUAUGCUUUUCCCACGGAAGAUUUACUCGCAAGAGCCUUCCAGUCCCCACCUCCUGCGACCCUUCCUCCUGCACCCACACCGUAACUUACGUAUUUGUUACCCUUAAGUAGGUCUUCAUAGGCUUUUAGUAUAGCACAUAGUCAGACAUUCAGAGGAUCUUCUUGAUUCCAUAUCUCAACACAUGCUAGUUUCACCCACUUAGGAACUCCACAACACUAUCCAUCGGACGGUGAUACACAGGGUCACAUUUAGCGAAAAGAACUGCAAUUGGAGGUUAUCUGACAAUCAAAUACAUUUUGAUGAUGUAUCUAAAAUCCUUAUCAAUAUAAUGAUGAGAGAUGCUUUUAGCUGGAUGUGACAUGACUUAAAGUCAAAAAAUAAAAAAAGAUGUGAUGGUAUUAGGGGUUUUGUGCUAUUGUUUGCCAACUCAGUAAGGUGGAUUCUCUUUUCCAAAACUGAAAUUCGAGCCUUAUUGCUGUACUGCAUAAGACUCAAAAUCACUUAAGACCUCACUCGCAGUAAACCUUCAUUUCCCGCAACCACAUUUUCUUAUUCUUCAUAGGUGAAUAUGUUUGUCUUAAGUCAUUAUUUCUCCCAUUAGCUGACUAAAAUUUUUAUGUCUGUUGGGAGUUGAACAGGAUGUGUAUCUUCACACAAAUUGGAUUUGUUUAUUGAAACCUGUUUGUACAGAAGUUAUAAUAAAUCAUUGUACAUAAAAA